AUGGUUGCUACAAUGUCUCCAGCAGAUAGUCAAUAUCAUCACACUAAAAAUAUUGGUACAAUCGAUACGCAUGUAUCAGAUUACCAGCAAAUGAUUGACAGUCUUCAGGAACGGAUAAACUUACAGAAGGCACUAUUUGAACUUGAGGAAACCAAUCUUCGAAACCGCACUGAACUCCAACAUCUUGAUGAUGCUAUUGCAAAACAACAGGCUUCUGAAAAGGAUGGUACAGUUGUUGAAGCUCUGAGAGUAAGGAGGCAAGAUAUUCUUGAUAACAUCUGUGACAAUGAUGAAGUCCUCUCACCAGGAGUCUAUAUUGUGCGAGGGAUGGCUAAUGCUGAGCUUCAGUUUGAAAUGGCAAUGAGAGAUCAAAUAAUUCACAACCAAAGAGAGGCACAAAGAAAUCUUUGGAACUUGCUUAUGGGGUUGGGACUAGACGAGAAACGGAAAUUGGACCUUGCUGCCAAGCAGGAAAUAACAAUUGAAGAUUGGACAAUGAUACGCUAUCUGGACCUUUCAAACAGGGAGCAGUCACCCAAAUUGGCAGCUGGAGGAUAUGCACCUCUCAGUUAUGGUCUUUCUAUCAACCAAUGGCAUUCAAGAUCAUCUUGCAUCUACCAGAACUAUCAACAUGUUGCUUCAAAGUCAUUUUCUACAAGACCCUGGGAUCUGUCUCCUACUUUUGGCAGGGAGGAGCACCAUAGUUCCUACUACUUACUAGCUCAUGAUAACUCUCCUCCAUAUGUCAGGUUUAGGAGUAGUGAUAACUGGGUUGGUGGUCAUCCAUUUUCAUGGUUUGGAACUCCUGAUAAGCUUCCUCGAGAUUUGAGGAAAUCAUAUCCUGAGAUGAUUAGUCUGGCUUCAUCAUGCAAUGAAAGCUAUCUGUCAGCUCCAGCUAUGAGUGCAGAUUUUGAACUGGGGCAAAAGGACGAUAUGAGGCACAAUCUCUAUAGCAAGGGUCCUCAUGGUGGAAUGAUCAGCAGCCAAGACACAGGAGCAAUUGUUGGUCAUGGUAGAUCAACCAAUGGUUUAUUGGGAUUCAUCCCAUCCGAACAAAGCUUUUGUUCGUGCAGCUCAAAUCAUAUUGUCGAAAACCCCAACUUCUCAAACCAUCCAAGCCUUUCCCGCAUGCCUUCUUUUCCUUCCCAAAGCCCUAAAACUUAA